AUGGGCUUUGCGAACGACUUGCAAGGGUUCCAAAGCCACGAUGCGCUGCUCAACGUACAGGACGCCGAAAUCGAGCUCUUAGAGCAUAUUAGACGAUGUGUCCAAAUCAAAGUCAAAGCCGAUCGAGAGUACUCCCUCGCCAUGACCUCGAUGUUCGCACAGGCGGGAAGACUCGAGAGCAGCACAGAGGAACUUCGAGGGAGUUUGAUCAAACAAGCAUGGGAUACCGUCGUAGAAACCACAGAGACCAUCGGUAGGGUAGUAAGACAGAACGCAGAUUUCCUCGCAACAAACACACUCGAAAGCAUCACAAAUUUGAUACUCGAGAAAAAAGCCCUUCGGAAAGUCUACACGGAGGAACACCAUCGGAUACACGAUGAGCUGACGAGGCUCCGAGAAGACGUAUUCCGAAUCAAAGCCGAGUACGAGAGGUGUGUCGAGGCAGCCAACGAGUCUCGAGUCAAGUAUGAAGAAGCUCUAUCUAAAAACGAGUCAGCAGCCGCGAAACCUCGCAAGUUGGAUGACCUCAAGGACCGUUUCUUCAAGAACUCCAGGAGGCUUCAUCAGGUGCACAACGAAUAUGUAUUAAUGCUGAACGAAGCGAUGCAGUAUGAGAAACAUUUGCGGACCAUCUUGUUACCGGAUCUACUGGAGUGUCAGGAAUCGGCACUCCGAGAAGCGCUCGAGACCUGGCAGGGAGUUAUGCGGGAAGUUGUCGAGCGAAUAGAUUUCUGCGCAGAGGGAUUCCAAGCAACGCACGGCAAACUCAGCUACGCGUUAUCAAUCAUUGAUCCCGAUAAGGAGUACAAAGCGUUCUUGGAUGAGCACCGCUCGAAUCCCCCACAAUGGAUGGAUUUCGCGAUUCCUUCACCGUUGCAAAACACUCAGUUGGGAAAGUACGAAGGAACCCUGCGUCCCGACCGAAUAGCGGUCGAUGAUCUCACCAUUCAUGACGUGCGCAACAGCGAGCUCGCGAAGCGACGGGCGGUUGACCAUGUGAAGCGGGACCGAGACGAGAUGAAAUGCCUUUACGAUCGUCUUUCCUAUCAGCUCGCCCUUCUCGUGGGGGCUCUAUCCGAAGUGGAUCCGAACAAUGCUCCGCGAGCUUUGAACAUCGCGGAGGCCCCCAGUCCCUCCGCCAUGACUGUGAAUCCUAAUAUCGCUCUCCAAGACGAGGAGUGGUUUCAUGGGGUUCUGCCGCGAGAGGAAGUUGUGCGGCUCCUCGUCAACGAGGGAGACUAUCUCGUGCGAGAGACAACCCGCAAUGAAGAAAGACAGAUUGUCUUGUCGGUCAAGUGGAAUGGACACAAACACUUCAUCAUCCAACAGACUCCCGAGCACAAGUUUCGCUUCGAGGGAUCGGCGUUCGAUACCAUACAGGAACUCAUAGUCUACCAACAUCAUUCAGAGCUGCCCGUCACAAUCAAAUCCGGGGCCAUUUUGUAUAAUCCAAUAUUCAGGGAGAGAUGGGAGCUGAAUAAUGAUGACGUCCAACUCAUCGAGAAAAUUGGCCGAGGUAACUUCGGAGAUGUAUAUCGGGCGAUAUUGCAUCCAAAGAGAAUGAACGUCGCGGUCAAAACGUGCCGAGUCAAUCUCCCAGAGGAGCAGAAGAAGAAGUUUCUGAGCGAAGGUCGCAUUUUGAAACAAUACGAUCAUCCGAAUAUUGUCCGCCUAGUCGGCAUUUGUGUACAAAAACAACCGAUAAUGAUCGUGAUGGAACUCGUCCCAGGAGGUUCAUUGCUGAACUACCUGCGACGGGACGGUCAGCGACUGCCUACGCGGACCCUCGUCAGUAUGUGUUUGGACUGCGCCGCCGGUAUGGCAUACCUCGAAUCAAAAGGAUGCAUACACAGAGAUCUCGCCGCGAGGAAUUGUCUCGUCGGACUUAAUGACGAAGUCAAGAUCUCAGAUUUCGGCAUGAGUCGAGAAGAACAGGAAUACGUAGUGUCGGACGGGAUGAAGCAGAUACCAAUUAAAUGGACAGCUCCGGAGGCUCUCCACUACGGGAAGUAUACUUCAAUGUGCGACGUGUGGAGUUUCGGCGUGCUCAUUUGGGAGAUUUUCUCGCUCGGCCAAGCACCAUACGCGGGCUUAUCGAAUACGAAAGCUCGGGAGAAAAUUGAUCAAGGGUACAGGCUUCCCGCGCCCGAACGAAUACCAUCUCCAGUAUAUCAACUCACAUUGAGAUGUUGGGAAUACACUCCGGAACGACGACCACACUUCGACGAGAUCCAUAAACUCUUGUUGAAUGUAUUCAAGCAUUUAUGA